AUGAGUAAUCACGAAAAGAUUAUCGAAAAGGAACGGAUUUUCAUCCGCAGUAAAAUUAAAUCAAAUCUCAAAGGAAGAAACCAAGUGGUUCAAGGAUUGUUCACGAAACUGAACCAGUCAAACAAUGAACGGCCAUCGACAGAAGUCAACGUUGAGGAUGUCAACACAGUCAUGACAGAAGCGCUCACUUAUGUGAAAUGCCUUGCCAGUAACAAAUCCAAAUGUGCUUUGACGAAGCAUCUGAAUGUUAAGCACCAGACUGUUAUCAUAGGUGCCAAACCUGGUCGUCCCAACACAGGUGGAAGCAUUGCAUUCUACAUCCGCCGUCAACAAAAAUAG